AUGAGAAAUUGCUUUUUAUUCUUUCUUUCGUUGGUGAGCUCGGUACCGGAGGUUUUCUACAAGCUUUUUCACCAAACUUCGUUGACUCAAUGUACUUUCUACGAAGAUCAGUCUUUUAAUUCUAUCGUCGAAUAUCUGGCUGCGCCUCGACCUCCACCAGGAUGUUCCUCAAAAGGGUCAACAACGACAACGAUCAUUACUCCAACAGGGCUACAUAACCAUUUGAAAGAAGCUUCCAAGACGAAAUGCACGCUCGUCAUGUUUUUCUCAUCCAGUUGUCAUUUUAGGUGA